UUUAUUUUGAAGGCUCAAACCAAACCGGUAGUUCGUCGCAGCAGUUGAAGCCGCCUCAGGAGCCUGUGCUCGGCUGGGCGACGGAGUCAGUCUCAGUAUCUGUGGUCACCCUGAGUGGAAGCUAACUUCACUUGUUCUCCAAACACAACGAACACGCUGGUGGGUUUACAGCAGGAUCCGGAAGUCGAGGAACUUGUUCUGCGUGUCGAGUUAUUUGAUGCUAACAAGAAGCUAGCUGCGGUCUGGAAGACGAACAAUAGCCAACAUCGCCAAAGGUAUGAGGACGGACACGGGUUAUUUCUGGAGACGAAGACUCUGAAGCAGGAACGUUAAUGUUCGUUUGCAGCUGUCGUGGAGCCGGAGACUCGGUCCGUUCAACCGACCAGACUUGAUUAUCGGACACACAAUGUUGAGGUAUUGAAGAAACACUGCAGAUUCAAAUGUUGCCAGGUUAAAACAAAGGCAUGUAGACGAGUCAGUUGAUCUAGAAGCACUGUAAUGUCAUCGAGUAGGAUCACCUCUUCUGUCAGCUGAACUGGCCUCACACACCCUCAGGUGUGUCCCUGGCUCGAGGACGUCAUUUCCCCUGGCCCGAAACCUUGUGAACAAGUAUAACAACUUCAUAGCUGCAUCGGAGGUGCAUGCGUACUUUUCCUAUGUGCUCACAGAACCGCGCAGUCGACUGACACAAGAAGAGCAGACAACAGAGCAUCCGCAGGCUUUUCUACACCUCCAACAAGCUCACUGAGAAAGGAUGACAGCUGUGGUAGGCAGAGCACUGGGCUGGGUGUGCUCAUGGGGCAGAAGUGUCGUGUCAGACAAUACCUCAGCGGUAGUAGUCAAGGGCCAGAAGUCUGACUGUAGCAGCCAGAGCCGCAGGGGGUGGACCUCUUGGCUCUGGGGUGGGUGGAGACGUCAAAGUGACCAAAGUUCUCCUGUAGAGGAGUACUGGGAGGCUCAGGAGAGGGUUCCGCCCUUGGAAAUUGAAGAUCUCUGUGCAGGGAAGCAGAAGACUGUGGUAGAUUCUGGAUGGUGGAAUAAAUAUCUCCCAACUUACAAUUUGUGGCCAAGAAAAUCAGAACCAAGCACACUAAGUCAAAGGAAACAUGAUGGUCAGAGUCGAGGUGCAUGGGAUCAUGAUGUCGAUGGGGACUUUUCCGACUACAUAACACCACCCCCAUCUCCUACACCUCCUUCCUCUCGGCUGACAUCACCUUUUCGACUCUUUGCGGACAGCUGGAAGGUGGAAAUCCUACCAGAGCACUACGAGAUCUGUUUCAACUUCCUCCGACACUUGUUUGACCUCUUUGUUGUUGGCUUCCUGUGGACUGUGUCUCCUCCUACAAAGCUGAUCCUGGAGGUGUUGGGAGUGCAGGGAGCACUGCGGCUGUGGUUUCAUGGUAUGGCCAUGUUUUUUGUCUCCACAGUGGGAAUGGCAGGAUUACUCUGGCUGAUCCAGGAGUAUCUCUCCCAGUUUGCUUUGAUCUAUGGCAUCAUACAGGCAGUGGUGAUCUCUGUCAGUGUUCGACAGAGUGUGAUAAUCGGCGUGGACGAAGAAGAAGAAGAUGAAAAGGACGAGGAGGGAAAGGAGACUAAUGAAAUGACAGAUUGUAAGAAGCAUAAAGAAAAACUUGUGUCUGUUGAAGACAAGGUGAAGACAAGUUAAACUUAUGAUGCUGAAGUUCCUGUCUAUUCAGCUGUAAUAGACCAUCGUCUGGGUGUUUGACAUCACAGCAGUGGUACUACACACAGACUGAUUCACUUCACUACGGAGUUCUGCAGUGACUUGCCAACUGUAUUGCACAUUCAUUACAGAGUCAUAAGAGUUGAACUUAUGUCACUUUAUGUUCAAAACUAUUAAUCUGCAUUUUGUACAUGUCUGUCCUCAUGUGAUAGUACGGUCACCCCCCAAAAUGUUGACACUAAAAGCCAUAGAAAGGUGUAAUGUCUCUUUCAGUACAUUACUACUCUAAUGACAGUCAGAAAUAAUUGGGUCCAUGCGUGUUCAAGAAAUGCUUUCUAAAUUAAAAAAAAAGAAAGAUUCCCUGCAUUAAGGAAAUUUUGCAGUUUACCCAGUGUUCCCUGUGCUGUGGGGCUAAUUUAGUUGUGAUGCAAUAUAAGACAAUCACCUGGUUAAGGACCUUCGAUGCAUUCUGGGUGAGAGAAGAUGAUCAAAUUUGAAACAGAAACAACCAAAAAACUGGUAGAAACUACUCGAUCAAUAAAGAGUAAAAUCAUUGUAAGGACUGACCGUGUUCAGGGACAGAGAAGUCUUUAUGCUUGUUAGGAAGUUCAAACAGUUCCUUGUACAACCAGAACAUCGAGUGAACAGAAUUAACUGUCGCCACAGCAAACAAGGGAACUGCUUCCACACAGACUGGGGCCUGAUGUCUUCUCUGCUUUGACUCUUGUGCUCAAUUUCUGUGGAGUAAAUGUUCAAAGUAGAUCAAUUCUUAAGUCGAGCAACAGACCAGUAUCCCUCGGUUCUGAAGCUUGAAGUGAAACUUUUGUCAUUUAAGGUACGGUCACAUUCGUCAUCUGUCCCUGCAAAUAUUGAACUCCUCUUUCAUUUCUGUUAAACUAAAGCUUGUAUAACAUACACACAUUUAAAAAUGCACCUGUUGACUUGCUUGAGUGUUUCUUUUGUUCAGCCUUGAUCUGUGAAUUCAUGCAGUGGUCUGUUAGAAACGCUGACUCACUUUUUUUUAGUUAUUCUAACACUCCAUUAUCACUAAGUUUUGUAUGAUUACACUUUUGGACUACAAACUGUAAUAUUCCUCUUACACAGUUUACAAUCUGUUUCCACUCUGCUUAAUAUUGAUUAACCCCAUCAGACCUGUGAGAACACAUUCCUUUUUCAGGGUUGUUAUGUCAAACAGAGGGCUGAUGUAAAUGUACCAGGAGGAUGGAUGAACAAGUAGCAACCACCACUACUGACCUACAUUUUCAGACAUGUCAAUCAAGCACACACACACAAGAUGAUACUUUAUUAAAGCCAUAAGAUCUCUUUCACUCAGCAUUGACCUCAGAUUUUGGUCUUCAAAAUAAAAUGAAUGAGUAUCUUGACACGAACACAUUGAAUGAAAUUCAGUGUUUUUUUUUGUUUUUUUUUUAAAUAACAGCGAUGGAGAUAUUGGCUCCACUGCUCAGCUUUGACCGUUGCUGUUUGUUCAUUUCCACUGGUCAAGCUGUUUUGUACUAUAUAUAUAUUUUGACACAUUGAAUUUAAGAAGACUAUGACAGCCCUGUGUGACCUGUGGAAAAACAUUACCACAUACACUAUGUUUCACAUCACACUGACAAUCUAUCCAAUUCUUACUUCUCAAGAACAUGACACUAUUAUUGUUGCUUGUUGUGGGAGGAACACUAUCUGCUUAGAGACUAAGUAUGGACAUACAAUACCAGCAGCACAUAUGAAUGUGUUCUCUGUAUACACUUGUUAUUUGCCUUAUGUAAUUUUCUGUGCAGUGAUAUUAUUUGUGUGAAACACUGAGAAUGUAGGCUCCACGUUUCUUACAAGUUAUUUCCUUGUCAUGCUUUCCAUUUAAAUGCUUACAAAUGUAGAGCCCAGCAGUGUAAUAUGUUUUACUGCACAGAUGCAUGUUUUGCACUCGACGCUCUUGUUGUAUGUAACUUCAUUUGACUUGCAAAUAUUUUGUUCUAUUUUCUAGGUUUGCUUGCUAGUAUAACAGCCUGUGGUUGAUAUUGACAUGAGAUUGUACAUUUGUGUGCACAGUGUACGAACAAAAUUAGAAUUUAAAAUGCAUAACUACAGCUAAAAUGAAAAUCAAAACUUGUGUGAUUUGUCGCAAUACUGACUUCGAAGGGAAUGUGAAAUGAUGUUGUCAUUUUCAUAUGUUAACUGCAAACUAAACUAA